AAGGUCGCAAACUUCCAGUCACAGGUCUCGAAUAAAAGUUAUGUCCAAAAAUUAAAAAUUCACUUCCGGCCAUGUGUCAAUUUAUAACAGUUUGCAAAGUUAAUGUUGUGUAGCUAGCUAGCUAGCUAGCUAUUGAAUGCUCUAGCAUCUGUACAAGUGUAGUCAUGGGCUGCGUUCCUCUGCGUGGAUGUUACUCUGUACUGGACCGUAGCUCUAAGCGCAGCAACAAAGUGACAGCGGCUGGCAGUAUUGACCAAGCCUCCAUGAAUGGCGCAGCAGCCUCUUCUGAACAACAACUCAGUACAAUAGGACUAGGUCGGCUGCACUCUAUGGUUGUGAUACAAGUAGUGCCGGCUAUUCUAGAGAGAGGACAAGAAGCGGCUCAUCCAACAACGACAAACCUCGCACCAAUAUUACAAGGAUUGCUGGAGCAACUGAACGCUGGUUUGACCCCUGACCUCUGUGUAUUGAAGGAUGGGCUCUCACUGGCGCUAUUGACUCUGUCUUCUGAUGAUGACAAAGAUCUUGACUCAAGUGAUGAUGUGUUGGAGAGUGUGAGCAACACUCAAGUGAGGGCCUGGCUGGCCACAACCUUCACGCGUCAUGAGCAUGUGUUCCCACGUCCCAAAUCUCCCCUCACUCCUCGUGACAGAUUCAAAGCCGUCGCAAACACCAUCAUUAUUGGAAAGUAUUUUGAACAUAUUGUGAAGGACCCAGCACUGUUCACGGGGCCGACCUACCCAGCUGGUGUCAGCUCUAUACUAAAGGAGUCGCUGGAUAGUUGGGAAUUCCCCAUAUUUCGUCUGGAGGGCGUGUCCCAGGGCUGUGUCCUGAGAUAUGUUGGUUUUGAGUUGUUUAAACGACACGAUCUCUUUGAUCUCUGUAACAUAUCUCCGCUCAUGUUUGACAAUUUCCUCACUCGGAUACAAGCCGACUAUGGUAGCCAUGGCAACCCGUACCAUAAUGCCACUCACGGUGCUGACGUGGCACAAACUAUGCAUCAUUUCAUUCAGCACUCGAGUCUCAAGGCACACCUCACACACUUGGACACACUCUCACUCCUACUGUCGGCUCUCAUCCACGAUGUCCACCAUCCGGGCACCUCCAACGCUUUCCAAAUCACACAAAUGUCAGAGUACGCUCUCAUGUAUAACGAUCGCUCUGUACUGGAGAACCACCACCUCCAUCACACCUUCACACUGUUGAGAGAGAAACAGUUUAACAUCCUCUCUGGGCUGACUCCUGAGGAGUACAAGUCAGUGCGAGGGAUGGUCAUCGAUAUGGUCCUGGCUACUGACAUGUCCACACAUUUUGACCAGCUCAAGAACACCAGAGUUACACUGGCAGCUCCUAACAGUGGAUCUCAGCUGCUUGGUAGUGAUCGCUCUAAGACUUUUUCUCUGAUCCUCCAUCUUGCUGACAUUUCUCAUCCUGGUAAGAAGUGGGCGGAGCAUCUAGAGUGGUCGGAUAGACUGUGUCAGGAGUUCUUCUGUCAGGGAGAUCGUGAGCGUUCCCUCGGCCUCCCCCUCUCCCCGCUCUGUGACAGGGACCACACCAACCUACCAGACUCUCAAAUAGGGUUCAUUGGGUACAUCGUGGCCCCCUCUUUUGACGUGUGUGCUGCUGUAUUUGACGUGAUAUCUGAACUGCCCCUCCCCCUUGACAACAGCGUAUCCCAUGGCAACCAAUCACAGCAACGAGAGUGGCCGUGGACUGAGAAUAUGGACAAUAAUAAAGUUAUGUGGCAAAAGAAAAAAGAGAAUAAUGAAGAAGCCACAAGUUGUCCUGAGAUGGCCGUCCAAUCAGUGAGCUCAGAGGAUGAGGGGGUGGGGGAAUCCCUCAGCACAGCAGGGGAAUCCCCCAGCAAACCGGGGGAAUCCCCCGUGGGCUCACCAGAUCAGUCUGAACCUGUUAUAGUAGAGGACAUUGAAGACAUGUCCUAGCUCUAGCACGUGGUGCACUUCCAUUCAUUUCUGUUCCCUUUGAUUUUAUGGUGUUCCUUGAUUACAUGUUUACAUUGCAUAUUGAUAUUGUGUUAUAAUAAUUAUAUAUUUAAUUAUUCAUGA